UUUUGGCUCCUCCCCGCACUCAUUAAAUGUCGCACGGCGCGUCAGUCUGCUGUAGUCGCAGGCAGACAGAGGAGCUGUAGAGUUGGACUUCCAUCAUCUUGACAGCAAGAAAACAGCUGUUUUUUUUUUUUUUUGUCUUUCGGGCACCUUCACCAUCCAAGAAGCCUCGGCUAUGAAGACCAUUCUUGCUGCAUACUCUGGCGUCCUCAAAGGGACUGGCUCCAGCAUCCUCUCUGCCCUGCAGGACCUGCCCUUGGCAUUCUGGCCCUGCAGAUCCAAGAUGGAAAAACAUCUUCAGGUCAUCUCUGUGCUGCAGUGGGUGAUCACCUUCUUAGCUUUGGGUGCUGCCUGCACUGUGCUGCUCAUCUACAUGUUCUGCACUGACUGCUGGCUUAUUGCUGCUGUUUACACCGCCUGGCUCAUCGUAGACUGGAACACCCCGAAACAAGGUGGCAGAAGGUCCUCUUGGGUGAGGAGCUGGACAGUGUGGACAUAUUUCCGAGACUACUUUCCAAUCAGGCUAAUUAAGACCCACAACCUGCUGCCCAGCCGGAACUACAUAUUUGGCUACCAUCCGCAUGGCAUCUUCUGCUUCGGUGCUUUCUGCAACUUUGGGACAGAAGCCACAGCCUUCUCCAAGAAAUUCCCGGGCAUCAAGCCCUCCUUGGCAACCCUGGCAGGAAACUUCCGCUUGCCCGUCCUUCGAGACUACCUGAUGUCUGGAGGUAUCUGUCCAGUAAACAGGAAUUCUAUCGAAUACCUGCUGUCACAUAACGGGACAGGAAAUGCUGUGGUCAUCGUUGUUGGAGGGGCAGCGGAGUCUCUGGAGUGUACACAAGGCAUAAAUUCUGUCACAUUGAAGAACCGUAAAGGCUUUGUGAAGCUGGCCCUGCAGAAAGGGUCUGACCUGGUACCGGUAUAUUCCUUUGGGGAGAACGAUGUCUAUAAGCAGGUGAUCUUCGAGGAGGGGACCUGCUGGAGAUCUCUCCAAAAGAGGUUACAGAAGAUCUUAGGCUUUGCCCCGUGCCUUUUCCAUGGAUGUGGCCUCUUCUUCAGCAACUCCUGGGGCAUUGUGCCUUAUUGCAAGCCUAUCACCACCAUAGUUGGGGAGCCGAUCACAGUGCCAAAAAUUGAGGAUCCAACUGAGGAUAUAGUGGAUCUAUACCAUGCAAUGUACAUCAAGUCCCUCCAGUGCCUUUUUGACAAGUACAAGACCCGCUUUGGCCUGAAAGAGAGUGAUGUCCUGUACAUCCAUUGAGAGGAUGAGGGGGGCCUGUUGAAGCUCUGAACUGUGGCAGCAUCUUCACCCCUCCACUACCAUCCCAUCCCUGUCAAGUCUUGGUGCCUGGUUUGGAUUAUCUCUGGACUGCAAACUAUUCACAUCAGAGCUACAGAAACCUUUUGUUCUCUGCGUCAACUCUCUCUUUCACUCUCACGCAAGCAUGCACGAACGCACACACACAAAUAAAUGAACACAUUUGAAGAAUAGUCCCCUCUCCCUCGUGCUGUCAUCAGGUUAAACAGACCUGGUUGGAAAAAGUUGCAGAAAAGCUCUCAUAAAAAGUAUGCCUUUUUUUUAUUUGUAUUUCCAUUUCUCCAUGAAGGAAUCAGAUUUGUACUGUCUUAUCAGUCCAGAGGUGGGUUAGCUCCACUAGAUGGAGCUGGAAGGUAACAUGCAGGACUUAAAAGAAGUGCCAAUGUUUUCUUUCUCUCAUGCAUUCAUAUAAUUCUCCCUAAGCUCUUUGAGAUCCUAUUAUUAUAUGCUAAAAGCACAAGCAAUGCAAGUGGAAGGUACCAAUUUAUUAUUGGGAUGAUAAGAUCCAAAGAUUAAUUAAGCCAAAGAUCUAUGCUGUCCACACACAUGCAGGUAUUUUACUGUAUGAAGGCUGAAAGUGAAGAAAUUCUACAGGGUGAAUUUAUAUUGUGAAUGGACAAUAUGUGUGAUUUUUAUAAUGCCAUAAAGUAUUAAUUAUUUUCUGCAGGGAGGAAAAAGCCUAUUUCUGUGCUUGUCUCUCAGUGAAUAUUUCUGAUGCACUUUUUGUAUUGCUGAUUACCUUCUGAGGGUUUUGUCUCAAGAAAAAUGUUGUGGAUGGGAGAAUUUUGAACAGCACAAUAUUCAAAAUUCUCAGGUCCAUGGCAUUUAUCUUUUGCUUGAUUUCCCUUUCUUCUACUAGUGUCCAGGUCUGGAUGGGUGUGUUUUGUCUAUGCAACAAAAAAUAGUGAUGUCUUGUAACAUUUAAGUCUUAUGGAAAGUUUUGAGCUGCAGUUGAAGAUGAAGACUGGCAGUGCACAGUGGCUCUCUUUAUGACCAUGCCAUGGGUGAUAAUUGAAAAGGAAGGGAUUUUACUGGUUUUGCUACUGGUAUUGUGUUAUGUUUGAGGGUGUCACUAGUACUUUUGUAAAAUAAGAGUAUGUGAGGUAUAAAUUAAUAUAUCCUGGGAAUCCUCUAAAUAAGUAAGCAUGUGUCAUGUUCGUGAGCAGUAAAUUAUAAGAUUGUCAUUUGAAAAGCGAUUUCCUCUGUUUUCACCACUGGGACUUCUUAUAAAGAGCAGUGUAAUCCAUGUGCAGUAAAUUUGCAAGAAAUAAACAACAAGACUGUUCUAUAUGAUGAAAGGCAUCCUCUGUCUGCCAAUAUUUAAAUUAAACUUUUGUAUGUUUUCAGAAGGA